CGGGCCCUUUCCUACGGUGCGGUCGCGUGUCUUAACACUCGCUGCCAUCAACCUGACCCCGCGGCAGUCGGCGGGUCGUUGCCUUCCCCGUCGGAGCGACGUGGGCUUUUCCUUCCGCGAGCGAAGGCAACCGGUGCUUGAGGAGCCUGUGGGCCUCUGCACAGGACGUCUGCGAGGGCUGGGGUUGGGGUUUUUAUUUGUGAAAGAGGGAAGCGUGCGGGCGGCUCUGCUGCGGCGCCGUCAGCAACGCUCCGGCUUGCACGUAGGAUCUGUUUGCCCGGAUGGUGGGGAAGGGCCGGCGUCACCCCGGUUAAAAGUGUGGGGUGGGGAGGGGAAAGCCGUUGAAGGACUGACUGGAAAUGUCUCCUCUCUCCUCAGCGGGAGUCGAUCUUCGAAAACCUUCAAACCCAAGAAGAACAUUCCCGAAGGCUCCCACCAGUACGAACUCCUGAAACAUGCAGAAGCGACGCUGGGGAGCGGUAACCUCAGACAGGCCGUCAUGUUGCCGGAGGGGGAGGACCUUAACGAGUGGAUCGCAGUUAACACCGUGGAUUUCUUCAACCAAAUCAACAUGCUGUACGGGACCAUCACGGAGUUCUGCACGGAGGCGAGCUGCCCGGUCAUGUCCGCGGGACCGAGGUACGAGUACCACUGGGCGGACGGCACCAACAUAAAGAAGCCGAUCAAGUGCUCGGCUCCGAAGUACAUCGAUUACUUGAUGACGUGGGUGCAGGACCAGCUGGACGACGAAACGCUCCCGAUCCUGAAGCGGCUGUUCCGCGUGUACGCCCACAUCUACCACCAGCACUUCGACUCGGUCAUGCGGCUGCAGGAGGAGGCCCACCUCAACACCUCCUUCAAGCACUUUAUCUUCUUCGUGCAGGAGUUCAACUUGAUCGACAGGCGGGAGUUGGCUCCUCUGCAGGAGCUGAUUGAGAAGCUGGGCUCCAAGGACAGAUAA